AUGAGUGACGGUACACUCGUCAUUCGUGGAGUUAAGGUUCCGUCGCGAAAUGUAGGCGGUGUUGGUUUUGUUGUGCACCCAUCCGUCGUCCAUCCUGUCGAUUCUCAUGAGAUCCUGUCACCUCGUCUGGCCAUUCUUCGCCACCGCCCUCUGCGCCAAAAACCUAUCAGUAUCAUCAACUGCUACUCACCAACAUCAGCAGCUGAUGAAUCCGGAUUGGGCGCGUUUUACGAGGAGCUGCAUGAAGUGAUUCGCAACGAGAAUGGGAACUCUCUUUUCGUGAAAAAAGAUCAUCGUCGGUGGACAUGGGAAUCGCACAAUGGCGCGACUCGUGCGGAGAUCGACCACAUACUCACCAACCGGAGGUGGUGUCUACUUGACGUCUCAGUAGUACCAACCUUUUGUAGUGGUUCUGAUCACCGUCUCCUUCGUGCGAAAAUACGAGUUAGCCACACGAUGGAAAAGAACAUCUGCUAUCGGCAACGAAGGAAAAAAGAGGUCGUCUACGAGGAUUGCGUACUCGAGCACUCCUUGUCCCAAGGUGCCUGGCAUAUCAAGGAGGACCCAAACGCGGACUACGAGAUGCUGCUGAGAGGAUUACAAACCUGUGCUGAGCGUGCCUCGAAGCCGCGCACGACAAACUUGGAUCGGAUUUCGAAGACCACCAAGGAAUUGUUGGAAAGAAGCAGGACUCUUGAUCCGUAUUCAUCGCACACUGAGCGGCAAAAGAAGAUUCUGGAAGCAGCACAAAGAAGAGCGAGUCUAAACAAGUGCCGCAGGGAUCUCCGCGAAUAUAAUAUUUCGCUAGAAGCUUUGCUGAGCGAAGAUGGGACUCGCACGUCUUCUCGCCGUGAGAUGGAAAUCAUUACGAAGAGGUUCUACUCGAACCUGUUCCGCUCAUCAGCUCCUGUAUCAAUCGCGAUCGUCCCCACUGGUGAAGCUGCACAACGGAUUCUCGCUUCAGAACUGCAUGGACCACAUCCAUACCGUGUCGAGGGUCAUAGAGGUUUGUGGGAAUACCGCCUGCCCUUAGCUCUAACCUUCGUCGAAUAUGAGAAAGCCUUCGACAGCGUAGAAACGAAUGCAGUACUGUCAGCGCGGGUCUAUCAAGGUGUGGACGCGUCGUAUGUGAGGACAAUAGCAAAUUGCUACGAUCGAUACUCCACUAAGAUACAGCUUUUCCACCGCCCCCUCACCAAACCCAUUGGAAAAAGGGUACGACAAGGCGAUACUAUAUCGCUGAAGCUGUUCACGGCUGCAUUGCAAUGGAUAAUGAAAUCACUUUCCUGGAAAGAAAGAGGCAUACGUGUUGAUGGAAGAUUUCUCUCGAACCUUCGAUUUGCGGACGACAUCGCUCUCUUUUCGAGCAGUACCAAUGAAACAAAAACGAUGCUCAACGAAUUGAACGAAGCAGGGAAGAGAAUAGGACUGCAAAUAAACAGGAAGAAAGCACAGCUCAUAAAGAACGCCUAUUGCGAGGACGGAGGAGUACAACUUGAAGGCUCCCAAAUCGUGGAAACUUCACGGAUCGGACCAACUGAAGGACCAAGAUCUUCGUGCCCAUCUGUUCGACUCGAUAGUUCUUCCAGCGCUCUGUUACGCAGCGGAGACGUGGACAGACACCGCUACCACGUCUAG